AUGGCGGUCGAGAACAGUGAGCGAUCAAACCCGGUGAAGCGAAUACGAUGGGCCACUCAACGGGUGACGGGCAGCAAAGGCGUGCAGAAGCGGAAGUCCAUCUUCAACCGGCAUCAUGCGCGAUCGAAUGCUAGUGAGAAGCGCAAUUCGGCCAACACCGACCUCGAGUCUGCCAAGCCGCAGGACGAGGAGGCGGCGGCGAUCGGGGAGCACAACGCUGCGAUACAAGCACAACCUGGUCGGACCAUCUACUUCAACGUCCCAUUGCCCGAUUCUGCCAAGGACGAAGAAGGCCGGCCACUGCAGCGAUACAAGCGCAACAAGAUCCGGACGGCAAAAUACACCCCUCUCAGUUUCAUACCGAAGAACUUGUGGUUUCAGUUCCACAACAUCGCCAACGUCUUUUUCUUGGCGGUCAUCAUUCUGAAUUUCUUCUCCAUUUUUGGAGCCACUAAUCCCGGUCUAUCCGCCGUACCACUGAUCGUCAUCGUAGUCAUCACAUCAAUAAAAGACGGUAUAGAAGAUUGGGGGAGGACGGUCUUGGACAAUGAGCUCAACAACGCCCCCGUUCACCGACUCGUGGACUGGAACAACGUCAAUACCGCCGAUGAGUAUGUGAACCCGUGGCGGAAACUGAAAAAGGCCACUUCGCAUGCCAUUCUGCGAGUGUGGCAGGGCACGAAGCAUAGGAAAGCGGGGAAGAAGGCGAAGAAGGAGGAGAAGGCGAGAGGUCUGGAUGAGGCUGGUGUGGAUGAGCGACCUGCGACGGAUGGCCGGCGGUUCAGUGCGCUGACACAGCGUCUGGAUGAGACGGAAGCGGGUGAGGAUGCGAAUGGGGACAUGGAGAUGACACCUGUACCUUCUCCAACGCCUGGCCAGGAGCGGAGUGGUGAGAAGGGUUACAGAAACUCAAUGCAAGAUCUUGAUAGCCCGAGUGGAGUGGGACGAGGAGAUGCUGGACAGUCUCUGGAAGUGCCAAAAGGUGAUGAGCAUAUUGGUGGCGCUGCUAUGUCCACGCCAUUCAAGAGGUUCUAUGGCAGUCUGUUGGACCCCACGAUACAGGGUGACGAGGCGGCGCGUUUCAAGCGGGACUUCUGGAAGAGUGUGCAGGUCGGCGACUUCGUGCGUCUAUACAACGAAGAGGAGAUACCGGCAGAUAUUGUGGUGCUAUCUACCAGCGAACCUGAUGGUGCGUGUUAUGUCGAGACGAAGAACUUGGACGGCGAGACGAAUCUGAAGGUCCGAAGCGCGCUCCAUUCUGGCACCCGUGUGAAGCGAGCACGAGACUGUGAGCGAACAGCCUUCACACUGGAAAGUGAGCCACCCCACGCCAACUUGUACGCAUAUUCUGGAGUUGUGCGAUGGGAACAGCGAAACCCAAAGGAUCCCGAAGCAGAGCCACGGCAAAUGUCAGAACCGGUUGGCAUCAACAACAUGCUCCUACGUGGCUGUAAUCUUCGGAACACCGAGUGGAUCGUCGGAGUCGUAGCAUUUACCGGCGAGGAGACGAAGAUCAUGCUCAACUCCGGUAUCACCCCCAGCAAACGCGCCAGAAUCUCAAGGGAGUUGAAUUGGGACGUAUUGUACAAUUUUCUCAUCCUCUUCGGCAUGUGCUUCGUCGCUGGUGUGGUUCAAGGCACAACCUGGGGCAAGGGCAAUGAAUCACUAAAUUACUUCGAAUUUGGUUCCUUCGGCGGUACACCAGCAGCCAACGGCGCCAUCACUUUCUUCGCCGCCCUCAUUCUCUUCCAGAAUUUGGUUCCCAUUUCCCUCUACAUCACGCUUGAGAUCAUCCGCACCGCCCAGGCCUUCUUCAUCUACUCAGACGUCUACAUGUACUACGAGCGAAUCGACUACCCCUGUACACCGAAGAGCUGGAACAUUAGUGAUGAUCUUGGCCAAAUCGAGUACAUCUUCUCCGAUAAAACCGGCACGCUGACGCAGAACGUGAUGGAGUUCAAGAAGUGUACUAUCAAUGGGAGACCGUACGGGGAGGCUUAUACGGAGGCGUUAGCGGGUAUGCAGAAGCGACAAGGGAUCGAUACCGAAAGUGAGGGGAAGAGGGCGAGGGAGCAGAUUGCCAAGGAUAAGGUGACGAUGUUGGAGAGGAUCCGAAAGAUGCAUGACAAUCCUUACCUCUCGGACGACGAACUCACCUUCAUCGCGCCGGACUUUGUUGCUGAUCUGGGAGGGCAGGAUGGGGAUGUGCAGAGGGAUGCUUGUGCGCACUUCAUGUUGGCUCUUGCGCUCUGUCAUACCGUCAUUACGGAACGAACACCUGGAGACCCUCCACGGGUCGAGUUCAAGGCACAGUCACCCGAUGAAGCAGCUCUAGUUGCAACAGCGCGCGAUGUCGGCUUCACAGUCUUGGGUCGCCAGAAUGACAGCAUUAUCCUCAAUGUCCUCGGCGAGGAGCGCGAGUACACUGUCAUGAACACGCUCGAGUUCAACUCGGCCCGCAAACGAAUGAGCGCUAUCAUACGCAUGCCGGAUGGAAAGAUCGUGCUGUUCUGCAAAGGAGCUGACAGUGUCAUCUACUCCCGACUCAGGCGAGGUGAGCAAUCUGAGCUCCGAAAACAGACGGCGGAGCACUUGGAGAUGUUUGCGCGAGAGGGCUUGAGAACGUUGUGUAUUGCUCAACGAGAGCUGGGCGAGGAGGAGUACCAGAGAUGGAACAAAGAACAUGACCUCGCUGCCGCGGCUGUCGUUGAACGUGAGGAGAAGCUUGAUGCAGUGGCUGACACAAUCGAGCGGGAGUUGACGCUUAUUGGUGGUACAGCUAUCGAGGACAGGCUGCAAGACGGUGUACCGGAUGCAAUACAGCUUCUGGCAUCUGCCGGUAUCAAGCUCUGGGUUCUUACUGGCGAUAAAGUGGAGACAGCGAUCAACAUCGGCUUUUCCUGCAAUCUGCUGAACAACGAUAUGGAGCUUAUCGUCCUCAAAGUCGACGAUGACAGCGUGGAUGCUGCGGAGAACCUGCUUGAUGAGCACUUACUCAGCUUUAACAAGACGGGCUCGGAUACGGAGCUGAAGCUCGCGAGGAAGAACCAUGAGCCGCCGGCGCCUACUCAUGCCCUCGUCAUUGAUGGCGACACCCUCAAACUCGUGCUCGACGACCGCCUCAGGCAGAAGUUUUUACUGCUAUGCAAGGAAUGCAAGUCUGUCCUCUGCUGCCGUGUCUCUCCAGCGCAGAAAGCGGCGGUCGUGCAGAUGGUGAAAUCCGGGCUGGACGUCAUGACGCUUUCCAUCGGUGAUGGCGCCAACGACGUCGCUAUGAUUCAAGAGGCUGAUGUGGGAGUGGGUAUUGCGGGUGAGGAAGGAAGGCAGGCGGUCAUGAGUUCGGAUUAUGCGAUUGGACAGUUUCGGUUCUUGACGAGAUUGGUGCUUGUGCAUGGGAGGUGGAGUUAUAGGCGGAUGGCGGAGACGAUUGCUAAUUUCUUUUACAAGAACAUUGUCUGGACCUUCGCCCUCUUCUGGUACCAAAUCUUCACUAAUAUGGACUGCUCCUACGCGUUCGAUUACUCGUACAUUCUACUUUACAAUCUGGCUUUUACCUCGCUUACACCUAUUCUAAUGGGUAUCCUGGAUCAGGACGUAGACGACAAAGUCUCCCUCGCUGUUCCUCAACUUUACCGCCGUGGUAUUGAGCGAUUGGAGUGGACACAAUGGAAGUUCUGGACAUAUAUGAUCGAUGGCCUCUACCAAUCCGUCAUUGCCUUCUUCUUCACCUACCUCAUCUUCCUACCGGCUAACCUGACCACGGAAGAUGGUAGGAAUAUCAACGACUAUAAGCGGAUGGGUGUCUUUAUCGCGAAUCCGGUUGUCGUGAUUGUCAAUCUCUACAUGCUACUCAACACCUAUCGCUGGGAUUGGUUCUACCUCCUCAUCGUCAGCAUCAGCGCCCUCCUCGUCUUCUUCUGGACAGGUGUGUACACGGCUUUCACGGCUGGUUUCACCUUCUAUAAGUCUGCGCCGCAGGUCUACGGGAGUCUUAGUUUCUGGGCUACGGCCCUACUAACAGUCAUUCUCUGCUUGUUGCCGCGUUUCGCGGCCAAGUCGUUUCAGAAGAUCUUCCGGCCCCGGGAUGUGGAUAUCGUGAGGGAGCAGAUUCGCCAGGGGAAGUUUGACUACCUCAAGGACAUCGACCCAGCUACAUUCGAUCCUGUUGCAGCUGCGGCACGACACGAUAACGGAAGGAAAGCGAAUAGUAUGUCCUCGUCAGAGCCCUCGGAUAUGAAGAAAGGAGGAUCUGCCAGUAAUGGACAUCAGCAUGUGAUGUCCGAUGAUAUGAGGCCGAUCUACCCGCCGUCUGUGGCUGCGACGGCUACGACACAUAAUCCGCGGAGCCAGAACGGGAGUGAUGGGACGGAGUAUACUAACCAUCGGGCGAGUCUUGAUCGGGCUUUCCCGCCCGCCUACAAUACUAAUGCGGCAAGUGGCAUCAACACGAACGUACCGAAUGGCAUCAGCACCGCGCAUGGCACACCUGCAACACCCACAAUAACAACAGAGGACUACGGUGACCCGCUCGCAAGUCGACCGAGCAUGGAUGGGAGACCACGACCCUCGUUUGAUCGGUUCAGGAGCAGUAUGGAUCGCACACGACCGAGUAUAGAAGCAAGUCGGGACUUCACGUCCGCAGCCUACUUGGCGCGGGUGGAGAGUAGUGAGUCCCGGGGUCAUGGACAAGGGCAAGAUGCAGGGCCGGGGGGAAGUAGAUUGAGGGAGCAGAUAUGA